AAUAAGUUCUUAAUAAGGUGCAGGACCGCCUUCAAUGAUUUGUUCAACUGUUUUUUGAAUAAGACUUACAUAUCUACUAAUCAAACUGCCUUUAGAAUGUCAGAAAAGGAGAGUCUUCUUAAAUAUUUUCUGAGCGGAGGCUUCGGUGGAAUAUGCACGGUUAUAGCGGGUCAUCCCCUGGACACAAUAAAAGUCCGCCUUCAAACCAUGCCUGUACCAGGCCCAAAUCAAGCUGCCCUAUAUUGUGGAACAGUAGACUGUGCUAAGAAAACAAUAACAAAAGAAGGAAUACGUGGUUUAUACAAGGGAAUGGGUGCACCUUUAUGUGGUGUAGCUCCAAUAUUUGCCAUAAGUUUUUAUGGAUUUGGACUUGGAAAACAAUUGGUAAAAGGAUCUGACAAUGAAGAAUUAACACCUUUGCAAUUAUUUUAUGCUGGUGCAUUUAGUGGUAUCUUUACAACUGUUAUAAUGGCACCUGGGGAAAGAAUAAAGUGUCUUCUACAAAUACAACAUGGUGAUGCAAAACCAAAAUAUCAAGGUCCUAUUGAUUGUACAAAGAAGCUUUAUAAAGAAGGAGGAAUUAGAAGUAUUUAUAAAGGUACCUGUGCUACCCUUCUGAGAGAUGUUCCUGCCAGUGGAAUGUAUUUUAUGACAUAUGAAUGUCUAAAAAAAUGGAUGAGCACUGAAGAAAGUAAAGUAGGAAUAUUCCAAACAAUUAUAGCUGGUGGUUGUGCUGGUAUUGCAAAUUGGAUUGUUGGAAUGCCACCGGAUGUAUUGAAAAGUCGUCUACAAAGCGCUCCAGAAGGUACUUUCAAACGUGGAAUACGAGAAGUAUGCGUAGAUUUGAUAAAUAAAGAGGGACCACAGGCACUGUACAAAGGAUGUGUACCUGUGAUGCUUCGUGCUUUUCCAGCAAAUGCAGCAUGUUUUCUUGGAUUUGAACUUGCUAUGAAUUUCUUGAAUUGGGCACUACCUAACAUGUAA